UGUGAAAUCCUAGCUAUCAUGCGAAGGCUUUGGUUGUGGUCGCUGUGUGCGGGGGACACAGGCAGUGUAACCGAAACCUAAGCUUUGCACCUUCACCCUUGGGGGCAUUGGCAAAAAAAAAAAAAAAAAGGUGUGUAACUCGGCCACCAUGACACCAUGCCAGUCAUCACUUAUUCAAGAACUGUUGGGAGGCUUCCAAGGCAUCUCCAAAUUCUGGAACAUCCCACUGGCCUCAGGAAUGUUCCAAAAGUCACAUCUCCCAUUUUAGAACCUCAGAUUCAACCAUCUUUUGGGGUCACAGGAGACCACCAACAUGGCAGAACAGCAAAGAGCGGAACGCUACAAAUGAAGAAAACAUGGAGCACGACAAUGAGUAAGAGACUGGGAAGACAAGAUCAAUUAUGCAUCGACUGCAACUGCGAAGUUGGAAAAGUUGAGGAAGAAGCUGCUAGGAUUUCAUUAAUUGGAGUACCAAGAGAAAAUGAACUCCAACAGCACAAAAACAAGAGCAGGAUCCAUGAAUAUCCUGUGAAAAACAAGACAGAAGAACAUAUUAAGAGUGACUAUAAAUUCAUGUUGGUAAUAAGGUGGCAACCUAUUUUCUUCUGCAUAUGGGUCCUCUUCAUCGUUCUGUGUCCAAAAUCUGCUUCAUCACAGGGACAUUUCCCGCCAAUGGAGAACAUUGCUGCCUUCAAACCCGUGUCCACUUCUCCAGCUCGUUCUACCUGUGGGGUUCCGGAUCGGAGCUUCUACUGCCAGACUGCUUCCUCACAGGCUGAGCUUCUGAUGUGCCAUCAGGCCUCUUGCGACCAAGAGUGUCCCUUUAGGUCCUCUACGCCACCUUAUGCACCACUGCUGCUGCCUGCAUACAGGGGUGCUUGCAUCACUGAAGACUCAAAAGACACCCGUCCUAUCCAUCAGACAUCAGAGUUCAACAGUUUGACCACCUCUAUGUCAAGUGGAGAUUCAGCUGUUUCCAGUAGUAUUAUGUUUCCUCAAGGCCAGCAGGCAUGUCUGCUCUCUCCCCCUUCUCAGAAGCUGGGAGCUUCAGGAUCCCUCACCCUGGCCUUAUGGAUUAAACCAAGCUCUCUUGGAGAGAUGAUGCUACUGGAGAAAAACUCCAGGGACCAGUUAAUCUUUUCAGUGACAUUGUCGGAACGGGUUGUCAAGAUGCAGUACACUCAGUCCAGAAGUUCAACUCCUCUGACCAUCAGCUUCAGAACAGAGGGACGACUUGUGAUGGAAAAGUGGACACACAUUACUUUACAGGUGCACGACAGGCAUGUCAGUCUGUUCCUGAAUGGGUUGGAGGAGGAUGGAACACCUUUUGAGACCCACUCACUGCCCGCCAGAUUGUCUGACAGCAAUGAGGACAGCACCAUGAGGGUGGGACUCAGCUCCAAAGGGUCCAAUCAGUUCAUCGGGCGGAUGCAGGACUUUAGAUUUUAUCCUGCCACUUUGACCAACAGGGAAAUAAUGGAGAUUUUGUCAGGUGACUUGCCACAGCUCCAUUCUCAAUCUGAGUGUCGCUGCCCUCCCACUCAUCCCAGAGUGCACCCCUUAGUGGAAAGAUAUUGUAUCCCCAAUGCUGUUGAGGACACCACCAACGAUCGAGUCUUAAGGCUAAACCUCAAUGCACAUCCACUCGCUUAUGUCAAUGAUCAGGACAUGGGCACCGCGUGGCGCUCAAAACUCAUGACCACACGGGAAUUGGACGAAGGGUUGACUAUUACCGUGGAUCUGGUAAAUGGACAGUAUCAGGUAUUCUACGUCUUACUUCAGUUUGGUGGCCCAUUGCCUGAGUCACUUUUGAUCCAAAGGCGAAGACUCCCCGAUCAACAGAACAGCACCAAUGUAGAGCAGCCCUGGUUGGACUGGCAGUAUGUGGCUAAAGACUGCAGCGUAUUUAAGAUGCAGAACAAUGGGCCACUGCUAACACCGGACUCAGUCAACUGUCUCCAGCUCCCCAGUGAGGAACACUACUCCGGCGGUAACAUCACAGUCAGCCUGCUGAGCCCAGAGCCAAACAUGAGGCCAGGCUACAAUGAUUUCUACAACGCCCCCGUCCUUCAGAAGAUGGUGCGUGCAACUCAGGUGCGGAUCCAUCUUGGAGGACAGUACCACACCAGAGCAGCUGGUGUGGACCAACGACACAGACACUAUGCCAUCAAAGAAAUCACAAUCAGUGGCAGAUGCGAGUGUCACGGCCACGCUGAUCACUGCGAUACCAGUGUCUCCCCCUACCGCUGCCUGUGUCUGCCUGAAAGCCACACCGAUGGAAACAAUUGCCAACACUGCGCAUCCCUCUACAAUGACAAACCCUUCCGGCCAGGUGAUCAACUCCAGCCAAUGAACUGUCGUCCUUGCCAGUGCCAUAACCACGCCCACUCCUGUCACUACGAUAUCUGGGCUGAUGAUCAACCAACAGAACAAUAUUUGGGAGGAGGAGGAGUCUGUGACAACUGCAUGCACAAUACAAUGGGUAGGAACUGUGAGCUGUGUAUGAGUGGCUUUUUCAGGCUAGAGCAGUCAGAUCCCACUUCAGUCCAUGUGUGCCAGCCCUGCGAAUGUCACACUGCUGGAACUGUCAACGGCAGCACUGUGUGUGUCCAGGUUGGAGGCCAGUGUCAGUGUAAGGCAUCUGUAGAGGGGCGGCGCUGUGCGGACUGCUCACCUGGCUGGUAUGGUCUUCAAGCUUCCAAUCCAGAGGGCUGCACUCGCUGUAACUGCAGUGGCACGGGUACCGUCAGUUCCUCCCCAGGAGGUGUUGCCAGCUGUAACCAGCACACAGGACAGUGUCAGUGCAAAUCCCAUGUGACAGGUCUGUCUUGCGAUCGUUGUGAAUUUGGUUAUUGGAACCUGUCCCACACAGACGGCUGCGUUCCGUGUAAUUGUGACCCCUUGGGAUCCUUGAGCCAGUUCUGUGAGCCUGAGGGGGGCCAGUGCGAAUGUAAGCCCGGUGUGGGAGGGCAGCGCUGUGAUUCAUGUGGCCAUGGUUUGACGGGUUUGAGGCUGGAGGGAAUGUGCACCCCCUGCAACUGCUCAAAAGAAGGAACGCUACCUGGCACGGACUGUGAUCCGCACACGGGCCAAUGUGUGUGUAAGGAACAUGUGGAAGGCCAUCUUUGUGACUCUUGUCGUCAUGGUUACCAUACCUUGGAGCGGCGAAACUCCCUGGGCUGUCUGCCGUGCGCAUGUGACAUUCACGGCACCGUGCCAGAGGGAGUAUGUGAUCUGCAGACCGGACAGUGCCCGUGCAGAGAGGGGGUGGAGGGGAUGCAGUGCACCAACUGUGCUCCCAACUACUUCAACACGAGUUCCGAUAUCCAGAAUGGGUCAUUCCAGGGCUGUGCGCCAUGUACAUGUGACCCAGGAGGAACAGUGGCUGGCUCAGUGUGUGAUAGCAGCACAGGACAGUGUGUGUGCAUGCCAACACGCUAUGGAAAAGACUGCAGCAAAUGCCGAACAGGAUUUUACCUUUCUCCAGAUCAGAAUGUGUGUGUGGAGUGUGACUGCCAUCCCAGGGGGGCAGUGCACCGCAAGUGUGAAAGCCACACUGGCCAGUGUUUUUGUGCCCAUCCCUCGGUGCAAGGGCGGCGCUGUGAUCACUGUCAGGAGAGCUUCUUUGGAUUUAACCCUGGCCUCGGAAGAUGCCAACCAUGUGCGUGUGACCCGGCGGGCAGUGUCAAUGGCUCCUGUGAUUCAGAUUUAGGAGUAUGUGAGUGCAAGCUGCUGGUCACCGGGGACAAAUGUGAUGCAUGUCAACAUGGAGCAAGCCUUUUACGUGCAGAGAACAUCUAUGGCUGCAGUAAAGCGCCAUCUCAGCAACCUGCCCCUGUAGCUUUUUCUCUCAAUUUUUCUUCCAUCAAUCUGACUUGGCAUCAGCCUGACUCCCCAAACUCAAACGUACUCAACUACACUCUCAUAAGGGACUGGCAGCCUGUGCACAGCAUACAGCGUAGCUAUCCUUUCAGUGCUGAAUCAUUCACAGACGUCAGCUUGUCUCCUUACACCAACUAUUCCUACUGGCUAGUUACGGCUAAUGUCGCCGGUGAGACAGUUAGUGCCACCUCUUACUACCAAACUUUAGGUGCACCACCUGAAUUGGACCAGCUCCAUUUAAACCUUGUGGGACGACCUGGCCCCACCGGCGCCAGCUUUCGUUGGAGCACUCCAAAGAAUAAAACAGGCCCAGUGGAGAGGUUUGUGUUGUCCUCCACAGAAUCUUCCAGCAGAGCAGAGCCUGUCGUCCAUUACACAGGUUUAUCGACUGAGGCAGUGGCAAGUGGCCUAAAAGCCUUCACCCAGUACACUGUCUCUCUGGAGGCAUGUUCAUCUGGAGGCUGCACUUCCACUUCACCUUUGUCACUACUGACAGCCGCUGCCCCCCCACAAAACCAAUCUCCUCCCAAGGUCACUGCCGUUGGACCUCACACCUUGUUCGCUUCAUGGGAGCCACCCGCUCAGCCAAACGGAGUGAUCACAAGGUAUGAGCUGUUUUUACGAGGGCCGGUGGAGCCUCGCAGCCCGUCAACUCUGACUGGUGAAAAGAGAGUAUUUGUCAGCACCGGCUGGCUGGAUCCAAGCACCCCGUUUCAAGCACGGCUCAUCAACGGGAGUACGGCUUCGCCCCCGGAGAGCAGCGCCAUUGUGGCCGGUCUGCAGGCCUUCUCCACCUAUCAGAUGAGAGUCGUUAGCAUCAAUAUGGCGGGAAAUGUCACAUCAGGGUGGGCCACCGCGCGCACAACGGAGGGAGUUCCAGAGUUGAUGACUCCUCCAGAUGUGACCGCACUGUCCUCCACCAGUCUUCAAGUCACAUGGAGCACUUCUGAAGGUCACGGGGUCAUUGCCAGAGGGCAGGUUGUAGAAUAUCAUGUCAAUUUGCUGACUGAACAGACCAACAGCAGCUAUGCUCCUCCAGUGAUCAGCCAGGUCCUGCAGCGGUUCGGACCCUCAGACCAGCCCCUUUAUAUCGCAAAAGGGUUGAAGCCUUACCACGUGUACAACUUCACCGUCACACUCUGCACUAAGAAAGGCUGCAUUACCAGUCUUGCAAAAUCUGCCCAGACCCAACCAGCAGCUCCAACAGGACUCUCCUCACCCCGACUGUUGCCAGUCAAUGAAAGCACCAUCCAGAUAGACUGGGAUGUCCCGGCUCAGCUCAAUGGACCACACCCUAUGUACCAGGUGGAGAGAACAGACGUGUCCCUUUCUAGCCCUCAAGGUCCUUUCAUCAGAGGCACCAGGUUCUCUGGCAGUAGUUACUACCAGUUUCCCAGUGACACCCUGCCCGUUAACACUGACUUCACUGGUGUUGAAUUGAGUUUCAAGACUCGCUCUUCGGAUGGCUUGCUGCUCUGUGCCCUGUCUCCUGGAAGUCAGGAAGAAUUUCUGGCAAUUCAGAUUAAAAAUGGACGUCCCUACUUUUUGUUUGACCCUCAGGGCUCGGCGGUGGCUGUGAGUGCACAAGGGGACGGGGGGCGUCACUACAGCGAUGGAAAAUGGCACCACAUCAUAGCAACCAGGCGAGGGGCCGUGGGAACAAUCGUUGUGAACAAUCAAUACAGAGGCAGUUCUUCAGCCUCUAGCGGCAGCACUAUAAUUGGCGAGAAUACAGGACUGUUCAUUGGAGGACUGCCGGAAGCUUUGGCUCUACAACGGAAAGAUUCCGGGUCUGCCCGGCUGAUGCGACGGGGUUUCUCUGGUUGCCUGAGGGACGUGCGUUUCAAGAUGACUGACAGCCCCUCGGAGCAGUGGAGAUCUCUGGACUGGACAAAAGCCACAAAUAAAAUGUCAGCCUAUGAAAGCUGGGAGGGCUGCCCGAUUCAUACGCUGGACGGAGCCCAUUUUCUGGGUCAUGGUUACUUGGAGUUAAACAAAGAUGUGUUUAGUGGAGGAACGGAAUUCAACAUCUCAAUGGAGUUUAGAACAGACCAACUUAAUGCACUUUUGCUCUUCACGUACAACACAGAGACUCGUGACUAUAUGCUGGUGGAGCUGAAGGGCGGUCUUCUGUCAUUCCUUCUCUCCACCGGAGGUCACGUGACCGAGCUUAGCAUGUGGGCAGGGCUUAGCUACUGCGACGGAGGAUGGAAGGUGCUCGCACUGGCGAAACACGGUUCACUCAUCUCGGCCGCAGUUGAUGGCUGGGCAGAGGAGGCAAGGGGAGCGGGAGCAGCGGGAAGGCUUUGGGUUGACUCACCGUUAUACCUGGGUGGGGUGCCACCUGAACUUAAGCACAAGGCUCUGGACAUCCACAGUCACAGACAUGGCUUUGGAGGUUGCAUAAGAGGCCUCACCAUUCAAAGUGAUAAAACAAGCCCUCCUGUCAAUCAAAGAGUUAAUCUCUCUGUAGCCUCGGGACGCUCUGUUAGAAUCUACCUCGAUGGCUGUCCGAACAGUGAAAGUCGUUACAACUGCAGGGGCAAUGAUUCGGUGUUGGCCUUCACUGGUAGAGAGACACAUGCCUUUGAUUACAGUCUGCAGCCAUUCACUGAAUACUUGUAUCGGAUCAUAGCUCUCGGCGCAGGAGGCUGGGCGGCCUCGCCUUGGCAGAGAGUACGCAGCUGCGGCAAAGUACCGGACUCCGUUCCACCGCCCACUGCAAUGCAGAUUCUCAAUGGCUUCAGUGCCAAGGUGAGCUGGGCUCCACCCACUGGUGAUGUCAGAGGUGUGAUUGACAGGUAUGAGUUGCGAGCCUACCGGAGAGAGCAGCCAGCGGUGCCUCUGAUCAAAGCCAUAUACCUGGCUAAUGGAAAUUUCACAGGUGUGAUGUCCGGUCUCACGCCGUCCACUCAAUACGUGAUCACUGUAAGCGCUUGUAUGGUGACUGGCUGCACAGAGAGUCUGGGCAAUGAGCACUCUGAUGUUACUGAUUUGAGAUCAGUCCUCAAAACCCCCGAAGAAGCUCCUGAUGGUGUUUUUGCUCCAAGUGCACUCUCAUCACCCUCAGCUCUGUUCGUCAACUGGAAAGCUCCAGCAAGGCCCAAUGGUGUCAUUACGGAAUACCGCCUCUAUCAGAAUAACCAAAUGGUCUACAGCGGAGAGGAGGGACACCACAACAUUACUGGGCUUGGCGUCUAUACCGCUCACGUCCUGCUGCUGUCUGCAUGCACUGCUGUGGGAUGCACCAACAGUUCAAAGGUCACCAUGUUGACCUCUCAGCUUCCUCCCGGGCCGCUACUAACGCCAACCCUGACCUUGCUCGACUCACGGACCAUUCUGGUGGAGUGGUCUCGCCCCUCUCAGGUCAAUGGUGUUCUGCAGUUCUAUGCCGUCUUCGUCUCACAGGAUGGGGCAGAGCCCACCGUCGUCCACAACAGUUCAAAACUCGUUGAAGAGCACACGCUCCGCAACCUCACUCCUGGCACGGCCUACGCCAUCACAGUGGCUGCUUGCACAGGCGCUGGCUGCACCCGAAGCCCCUCUGCUCAGGUUGUCACAGAGGAAAGCACGCCAGAGAAUGUGCCAGCCCCACUGGUCACCCCUUUGUCCCCACAUGCUCUCAACGUCAGCUGGACCGCUCCUGAUACUCCGAACGGCAUAAUAACCAGCUAUGGCCUUUGGAUGGACAGUGUUCUUAUAUCAGAAUGCAGUUCCUCCCAGAGUUUCUUUGUGGUGAAGGAGCUUUCCCCAUGGAGCAGACACGUACUCAGGCUGCAGGCAUGUACGGCGCGUGGCUGUGGCAAGGGACCAAUGGUAGAAGUGCGCACAUUAGAGAUGGCCCCAGAAGGUCCAAUAUUGCUCGAAGUGACCAAUCAAAGCUCUCGGUCACUGCGAGCACGCUGGACUUCUCCGCCUAGACCCAAUGGCGACAUGAGAUACACUCUAUACCAUAAAAGUGAAGAUGGCGACGUGGUGCAGGACGCGGGCACGGCGGCCGGCGGGGGGUUGACUUUGACGGACCUGCGGCCGUACACCAACUACAGCUUCUGGGUCGAAGGUUGCAACACGCAGGGAUGUGUGGAGAGCCCGGCGCUUAAUGUUACUACGUCUCCAGCAGCUCCAGACGGAUUGUCCGCCUUGAGCCUCGGUCACGCCACAAGCACGAGUCUAAAUGUGUCUUGGGCCGAACCAGCUCAUGCGAACGCCCCGGGUCCUCUUCACUACAGCCUUCAAAUGAGGACAUCGCCCCAGAGACCCAUGAGAAGGCUCCUGGAAAACGCAAUGGAUACUUUCUCCUACUACGUGCCGGACCUGUCUCCAUACACCAAGUAUCAAUUCCGACUUGUGGUGUCACACACACAUGGACAGACGACAAGCCUCUGGGAAACCUUCUACACAGCAGAGGACAGUCCAGGUCCACUUGACCCUCCGACUGUUUCACGGCUACAUUCUCGAAAUGUGACAAUCUCUUGGCUCCCACCCCCACAACCAAAUGGCAUUAUAAGAAGUUACAUCCUCUAUCUACAACCUGCCUCUGUGUCUGAUUUAUUUUACAAACCUGGCACCAAAAUGGACCCCAACUCAAGCUUUAGUUCUAACCCUAGUGCUGAAAAGGACAAUCUUUACUCAAGUCAAAACUCAAGGUCCGCAUCAAUUGUCGCCAUGCUUGGAUCAGACCGUCACCUAUCAAAGGGCAACCAGACUCCAAAGUCCACACAUGCGGAUGUUAGCAGCCAAGUCACCGGUUCCAAAUUAUUACAAUCUAGUGAAGCCACUGGCGUCUCAGGAAUAGACCAAAACCCUGCAGUGUCACACAAAGGACACACUUCAAGCAGACCGAAUAUUGAACAUUUCAUCAAUCAAGAUGCCAUCCACUCCACCAGUUCAUCAAACUCACUCACAGGUUUCAGUCCAUCCCCUCCAUCAGUCAGUGUUUCAGGAAACACCACAAGCUACACCUUCCUUCGCCUUCUGCCAUACCACACCUACCACUUCGAGCUGGAAGCAUGCACCAGUGUUGGUUGCUCACUGUCCAAAACGGUGCACUUUCGAACGUUGCCGGCUCCUCCUGAGGGCCUCCCGGCACCUCACCUUUAUUCUGACACCCCUACCUCGGUUCUCCUGUCCUGGGGUGCACCACAAAGCCCCAAUGGACUUUUAGAGAGGUGGCUGAUUGAACGCAGAGUUGCUGGGACAGACCAAAUCUCCACAGUAGGCCAUCUUCCUCCAGACCCUCUUCCUCUUUCUUUUUUGGACUCCUCAUCAGCACUUAGUCCAUGGACAAGUUAUCACUAUAGACUUGUUCUCCAAAAUCAGGCUGGCAGUUCAACAGGAAAUUGGGUCGGUAUCACCACCAGACCUUCCAGACCUGCUGGUGUGACUCCGCCGACGGUCAAAGUGUUGGGACCGGAGUCACUACAGGUCACAUGGUCUCCACCUCUGAGUCCCAAUGGCGAGAUCCAAGGUUACGAGAUUCGUCUUCCAGAGCCCCGCAUCUUCCACAAUGGCGGCAAUACAUCCGAGCUUGCCGUCACAAUAACGGACCUAAUUCCUUACACAAACUACAGCGUUAGUGUACUGGUGUGUUCCAAGGGGGGUGGAUAUGUUGGUGGAUGCACAGAAAGUCUACCUUCUCCGGCGACCACAUUACCGACCAGCCCCCAAGGCCUGGCACCGCUUUCAGUGGUGGCCAUCAGUGAGUCCUUCCUUGCGGUCUCUUGGCAACCUCCGCACAGGCCUAAUGGACCCAACAUCAGAUACGAGUUGUUGCGACGUAAAAGCCAGCAGCCUCUGGCCGCCAAUGUGGUCCCCAUAGUAACCACCCCAUCCCAUAACCCUUCCGAAGAUCUCCAUCGCUGGUUCCGUGUUUACUCCGGCACCAAAUUGUUCUACCAAGAUAAAGGCCUAAGCAGAUUCACCCGCUACCAAUAUCAGUUAGUGGUUCGCAAUGAUUUUGGCUUCGCUUCAGGAGAAAUUGUCACUGCGGUCACCAUGGCUGGGAUUCCUCUCCAAAGUCCAUCUCUAUUUGCAUCUGCUGUCAAUCACACAGCGCUUCAAGCCAACUGGACCCCACCCUCGUUGCACAACCUGCAGGGUGAAGUGGAGUCAUACUUUCUUUCCAUCGUCUCUGCCAGCUCGAGGCAAAUCUUUGUCUUUCCCCCAGAAAUCCUCUCCACAGUUGUGACUGACCUUUGGCCCAGGACCACCUACACCGUGUCAUUACACGUGUCUAAUGGUGCACAUAAUACAACUAAGUCGAUAGUUAACGUCACCACAGAAGAUGGAGAGCCAGAUGGGAUGUCUGCCCCAGAAGUGGUUCCAGUUAACAGCAGCGCCGUUCGUGCACUCUGGUCACCUCCUCUACAACCUAACGGAGUCAUUACUGCUUACCGAGUUUACAUUGAUGACCGCCUCCGUGUCAGUUUGGACAACAGCUCCGGGUCCUUCCUGCUGGGGAAUCUGCUGCCUUUUACUGUUUACAACAUUCAGGUGGAGGUGUGCACCAUUUAUGCAUGUGUGCGGAGUAAUGUUACUCAGACAACCACAGUGGAGGACUUACCCGCCGGCAUGACCACACCGCAUGCUCAAGUACUCAGUCCGAGGGUUGUCAAGUUGGACUGGGCACCUCCAAGCCGACCAAGCGGCAUCAUGCUCGGUUAUGAUGUCUUAAGACGGACCUUUGGGGCAUGCGGCUUGAGGUCCGAGGGAGUCACGCCCGAUGAGAGGAAAGCGUCAGAAGAUGGGGGCAGCAUCAUUUUCGGCUGCUCUUUCUUACAGUGUCCAGCUACUCAUUCUGUGUGUGGGACUUCCUGCUUCCAACCUGACCAACAGGUUUGCUGCGCUGGAAUCUUGUACAGGAAAAAGCCACAUCAUUACUGCUGUGUGGAAAACUACCUGAGCUUUCCAAAUUCCACCAGCCCAGUCUGUUGCAACGGCAAACUGUUGCCACCUCUCGCUCGCCACCACUGUUGUGGAGGAUACUACGUAUACCUUAAAGCUGAUGAAUACUGCUGCCCUGACCACUCGCAGGGCCGCUUCUCAAGGGGGCCUGGGGACAGCUGCUGUGGGGGCGCUCCCUACGCCACCAAAGGCGGACAGCUGUGCUGCGGUGGGAGCCUACAUGAUGGUUACGGAGUCCAGUGUUGUGGAGGCCACGUUGUAGAUGAUGCACUGGUCUGCUGUGGUGGUGCUGAAGAAGGACAAGUGCAUGCGUAUAUUCCAGGAUUUUCCUGCUGUGCUCAAGAGUAUAUCAACUCAUCAACAUCUCUUUGCUGCAUGGGCAGCGAUGGAAUCCCAACAAUACAUCCAUCGGGCAAUAAUACAGUCAAACUGAAGUGCUGUGGGUCAAAGGUUGUACUUGAAGAACAAGAGUGCUGCAAUGGAAUUGGUUUUGAUUCUCAACGGCACGUGUGUGCCAGCCGGCCUACACCAGGCCUUUUGAUGGAGAGUGGCUGUUUGCAGGGUGCCGUUUGUCCAGUGGCUGCAUCCUCCACAGCCUACUGUGGCUCCUGUGACAUUGACCCAUCGAAGAUCGCCUGCACGUGGGUCAUGUCUGCACACCCUGACGCCCCCUCCGCUACAUCCUCGCCUACGAUCUACGCCACAUCUGAGACACUCAUCACAGGAUCCCACACACAUACAAACAUCAGUUAUCUGCACGCUGACUUUCUGGGUCAUGUGGGGAUCUUGUGUCCAUCCCAUGAGGAGGUCGUGUACAGCGGAGAUGCCAGAAAAUACACCUAUACAGAUUCAGACUUGGAGCCCUUCACCACAUACGAGUACAGAGUGAGGGGCUGGAACAACUUUGGCCGAGGCUCCAGCGAUGUUAUCACAGUGACCACCAGUGAAGACAAACCAUGGGGAGUGCCCCCACCUCGAUGGAGACGCCUGGACGAACGGAAUGACGUUAUCCAGUGGCAUUGGCAAGCACCUGCUAGACCAAAUGGAGUCAUAACACACUAUGUGAUACUGCGUGAUGGACAAGAGCGUUACCGCGGUGAUGAGAAGAGCUUCACAGAUGUGGGUGGAAUCAGACCUUUCCAGGAAUUUAGUUACCAGCUAAGGGCUUGCAACAGAGCUGGUUGCACUGAUAGUACAAAGAUGGUGGCUGUAACGGUUCAAGGAGUCCCAGAGGGGGUCCAGUCUCCAGCGAUAAGAGCUUUGAGCCCCUCCUCUCUUCACAUGAGCUGGGUCCGACCUGCACGUCCCAAUGGGAGAGUGCAGCAGUAUCACCUGAACCAGACCGGUGUUGGCACCAUUUUUACACACACCGAGGCACCCGGGAAUUUUACACUAACUGGUUUGCAGCCCUUCACAGACUACACUUUUGUGCUGGUGGUCUGCACCGCCGUGGGAUGUGGCACCAGUUCACCUUCCGCAGGACGCACCCUGCAAGCACCCCCCACUGGUGUGUGGUCAAAGCCCAGACACGUGAUCAUCAACACAUCUGUGGUGGAGCUUUUCUGGGAUCCGCCCAUCAGGCCCAAUGGACUGGUCACCCAGUAUAGAUUGCGCAGAGGCGGUCACACUAUUUUUACGGGGGACCACCGUGACCGGAAUUAUACCGACGCUGGGCUCCUGCCAAACCGCAGGUAUGUUUAUGAACUGGAAGCCAUCACAGGUGGCGGCGCUGGUUUGAGUGACAAAUAUGUUAUAAAAACACCAUACUCAUGCCCCACUGGGAUCCCAGCACCACACAACGUGACAGUCACCGGCCCCCACUCCAUCUCCUUGGCCUGGGCCCCUCCUGCCCACUUCAACAUUAGCCAGCCUGUAAACUACAACAUCCUGUUGAAUCCUGGAACUGAAGGUGCCGCAAUGCAUCCCGCGGGCCAGGACCAGACCCUCACAGUGAAAGGUCUUCAACCUUUCACUGCUUACAAUGUCCGUGUGCAAGCCUGUCAACGUGGUGCAUGCGGUGUAGGACAGGGUGUGCAUGUUCGGACUUUCGAAACUGCGCCAGAGCAUCUGGCGCCACCUUCAGCAAAAGCAGCGGGUGCAAGUUUCCUGGAGAUCCGUUGGUCUCCCCCGAAAAAGCCCAAUGGCAUCAUUACCUCCUACCAUAUAUACAGGUCCCCAAUGGAAACAGAGGAGGAACUGCUGGUUUUUAUCUGGUCUAGUGGCCCACUAGAGUUUUUCGAUGCCAGCCCGUCCUUGCAGCCAUUCACCUACUACCAGUACAGGCUUCAUGCCCACAACUCUAAAGGCUCGGUUCUGAGCCAGAGGACGUUAGCCCGGACCCUGUCAGCGAGGCCAAGAGAUAUGCCCCUUCCCACUGCCACACCCACUGGUGCAUACUCUAUCCAUCUGAAAUGGAGUGGGCCAAAACAGCCCAACGGUGUCAUUUCUCACUAUAAACUACUUUACAAGAAGCACCAGCUGGACCCAACAUUCAACUCACCUGCCGUGAUUGCACUCACUGUGGAGGCUUUCACUCUCGAAGCAACCAUUUUUGGCCUUCAGCCCUACAGCGACUAUAGUCUACAAGUGGAAGCUGCAAAUGAAGCAGGCAGUGUGUCAAGCCAGUGGGUUGACACAAGGACUCUUGAGGCCUCUCCAGCUGGACUGGCUAACUUCAGUGUGGAACAAAAAGAGCAGGGCAGGUCGUUACUACUCAACUGGGAUCCACCAAGUUCUCCAAAUGGAGUUGUCACGGUGUACAAUUUGUACAGCGAGGGCAUCCUGGAGUUUAGCGGGCUGUCACGCAGCUUCCUGUUUCGGCGCUUGGAGCCUUGGACCACGUACGCUCUGACUCUUGAAGCCUGCACGUCAGCAGGGUGCACGCGUGGCCCCCCUCAGCAUGUCACCACUGCGGCCGCUCCACCCGCCUCUCAGCCCCCUCCCACACCACUUUCCGUCGGUUCAGACCACGUGUGGCUCACCUGGGGACCUCCCGCUCAGCCGAACGGACCCAUCGGCGAGUACUACUUACUGGGAAGAAGUCUGGAUCAGGUGGGGAGGGGAAGAAGCAGAGAGGAGGAUCCGCAAAGAGAGAAAGUGCUCUUCCGAGAGUUAGCUCCACAAGAAAAUGACACUUUCUCCUACACAGUGACUGGGUUGCUUCCUUGGACUCAGUACGAGUUCGCCGUGCGUUCUCACAACCCCGCCGGUCACGCCCAUAGUUCCUGGUCAACGGUGACGACCAAGCAGGCCCCCCCUAGCGGCCUAGGCCCACCGACCGUCAGUCACCUUCAGGGUCGACCCAGUGAAUUGUUGGUGUCAUGGACUCCUCCUCUCGAACCCAACGGCGUGCUCCAGUCUUACAGGAUCCAGAGAAACAACGUGAGCUUCUCCUUCAGUUUUGAUCCCACGGUGCUCAGCUACACCGACGAGGAUCUUCUUCCCUUUGCGAGCUAUAGCUAUUCAAUCACAGCCUGUACACCCGAGGGCUGCAUCACAAGCCCUCACACUAACAUUACCACCUUAGAGGCUCCCCCCACCACCGUGGAGCUUCCCACAGUGAACUCCAUCACAUCCAGCAGUAUGGACAUUUCCUGGACUAAACCGCCCACCCAGAAUGGGGAUGUGACUCAGUAUGUACUGGAGGUGAACAAUGAAGAGGCUUACCGAGGAAGAGACCUGAAGACCGUUCUGGUCAACCUUCAUCCUCACACAUCCUACCAGCUUGUGCUGUUGGCGUGUACUCGUGGUGGAUGCACCGCCAGUGCGACAAUAGUUGCUGUGACGGAGGAGGCCCCUCCUUUGGAUAUGCUCGUCCCCACUUUAAAGGUCACUGGUCCGGAGUCAGUAGAAGUAAGCUGGGGACCACCACAGAAUCCCAAUGGCGUCAUCACAGGCUACGAACUCCGCAGAGAUGGCCAAGUAAUCUACGUGGGCCCAGAGACUCAUUACCACGACUUCACUCUUCUGCCCAGUGUGGAGUACAGCUACUUUGUCAGAGCCAACAACAGCAGGGGAGCGGUGAACAGCGCCGCAGCCUCAGCAAAGACUCACCCAGCGGCCCCUUCGGGUGUCGGCCCCCCCUUGCUGUCACCUAUGGGACCCGAUCAGGUGAAAGUGGAGUGGAAUAUUCCUGCCCGUCCUAAUGGAGAUAUUAUAAGCUACACAAUAUAUCGCAGAGAGCCUGUCCAGCUCAGUGGGAACAGCACCGUGUACACUCCAAAAGAUGGCGUCUUCUCCAAGAGACAUACGACUCUGCAGGGUCUCGCUCCCUACCACAGGUAUGAGGUGAGGGUGGAGGCAUGCACGGAGCUGGGCUGCUCGUCCAGUGACUGGUCAUCCAUCCUCACGCCGGAGGCUCCCCCAGCUGGACAGACGGCGCCACUCUUAGACCUGCAACCUGACAGCUAUACGGGCCUCCAGACAACCUUCCUGCUUACCUGGUCCCCACCGGAUCAGCCAAAUGGGAAGACCCCACGUUACGAGGUGUAUCGCAGACUGGAGCACACCACCGAUAGCCGCAAAAAUGAUGCAGCAACACUUGUCUACAAUUACUCAUCCACAAACUGCAAGGAUGAGGGGCUCCUGCCAUUCACCACUUAUGAGUACCAGCUGUGGGCAGUGAACUCAGCCGGCCGCUCCUCCAGUCCGUGGGUCAGAGGCAGAACCGGCCCUGCUCCACCCGAGGGUGUCGCUCCGCCCACUUUCCGACAUGUCUCGGCAACCACGGCCGUGGUGGAGAUGCGUCCCCCGGCGCAGCCCAACGGCAUCGUCAGCCUUUACCGCGUGUUCUCACUGGACCCAAACGACCACGUCACUCUGCUCUCAGAGGGAACAUCCCAUCAACAGACACUUCAUGGUUUACUGCCUUACACACAGUACAGGGUCGGAGUGGAGGCCUGCACCUGUUUUCAGUGCUGUAGCCAGGGACCAGUAGUUGAGCUGCGCACCCUGGCCGCUCCCCCAGCCCGCCAGCCGCCUCCUCGUGCCGUCAUGCUGACCUCCCGCUCUGCUCAACUGGCCUGGUUUGAGCCUCUGGAACCCAACGGAAUCAUCGAGAGCUGUGAGCUACAUCGGCGAACCGCCUGCCCGCAGCCCCCCCAGCCUGUGAGCCACCCUUGUGUUACUGGCCCGGCAGACAUCACGUUCUUUGGCAAGCGGCGCAGCUACAAUGUGACAGGCCUUCAGCCAUAUUCUGCCUACGAGCUUCGAGUCGCCUGCUUUAACAACAUGGGCAGCACCGCCUCCAACUGGACCACUGUUGUCACACUCACGGAAGCUCCGCAGUAUGUGACGCAGCUGUCAGCGGGCAGCAACCUGACGGUCAUUUGGCUUGACUGGACCGGCUCCUUCUCCCUGAACGACUACCUGAGGGAGUAUACGGUGACCGAGAGCCAGCUCAGGAUCUACAGCGGCUUCCACAGCUUCCUCCAUGUUCCACGCACAUCACAAAAAACGCUGUCAUUCCAGGUGACUUGUACCACAGACAGUGGCAGUGCCUCCACUCCCACUGUCAGAUAUAGCCCCACAUCAGGCCUAGGUCCCAUUGAUCCACACGAUGGAAGUAAAGAGGGAGUGAGCUUGUCAGCAGCGCCAGUCUAUUCGGAGCUGUGGUUCAUUUUGCUGUUGGCGCUGCUGGGUCUGUUCUUGCUGGCCAUCCUGUUGGGCCUGCUGCUGCAAAGAGCUCUGAGGAAGAAUCCGUCAGCCAGAGAGCGCCCUCCUCUGGUGAUGCUUCAGAAGAGCAGGAACGCUGGAGGAGAGACCUACACGUUUGACACUGUAGCAGACUGUGUUGAGAUCAACAACGUAACGCUUAAAAGCUACACUGUGUACACCGAGGGCCUGUCAGACACCAAGCUAGUGGGCGGCGGCUCUGCAUUCAACCCCAUGUCUGUCCUGAGGGUCCCCAGGCAAUCAGACCUGAACCAAGCCUACUCCCAUCAUCCCUUGCAUCAGAGCCUCAGCCAGCUGAUUGACAGGAAGGCUCUGGUAACGGAAGAGGGCUGUUGGGACAACCCUUUGGAACCACCUCUGUAUGUGGAGGAAGACUUUGCAGAUGCCAUCAAGUCUUUAAGUUGCGUGAGAAAGGAGCAGGCCACCUUCACUGACACACAUCUUUAAGACACCACGCCCAGUCAAGUACCGUAAGACUAAUUCAUGGUUAUUAGAUGACCUCCAUUCUAGUAUGUACCGAAGCAGACCCACAUGGUGUACGCAUGGACACCUUUUAGUUCAUAGAAAAUAAUAUUGUGUAUGGAACUUGAAUUUGACCUCAUUCAUGUAUUUAAUAUUUAUAUUUUUAGUGUAGUUUUUAGUAGAUUGCCUUCCUGUUAGCUGCUUCCGCAAGUUACUGUGCCUCAUCGAAACACUUGCCAGUCGUCCUGGAGCGGACUGACGUUGCUUCUCAAGGCCUUCCUUGUCUGUUAGUUUUUGAAUGCCAACUAUUUCUCGCAGUGUUCCCGGGAUGCAUUAUUGCGCUGUUUUCAUUGACAUAAAGUGAACUCAUUAUUUUUAUUGUGCAAAGGUUUUGUGUAGCUUAGAAGCAGUUACAACUUAGCUACGUUGCAUAUUAUGGUGUGUACACGGGACUCCAGUGUUUACUUCUGGACAAAACGAAAGAUAAUACCUGUAUAAUGUUAUGACAUGUUUUUUUUUGUUUUUACUGUGGCAGUAUUAUUUAUGUUUGCUGUAAAUUAAUUAUGUAUAGAUGACGUCAAAUAUAAGCGAUGUGGCCAAUACAC